AUGCCAAGGCUCGCCACGACACCGCUGCUGCUGCUGCAGCUGCUGCUGCAGCUGCUGCUGCUCGCCUAUCCCGGAAUCGCGCACAAGGGCUGCGGCCGCGCUUCGGUGGCCCAGCGCGAGCGCGAGUCGAUCAGACGCUCAGUCUUGAUGAACGCAUACCAAGCAGCCAAGGAGUCCGCGGCCACCGCCAGGGCCCCUGCGCCGCCGCCCCUGCCGCCGGCCCCGCCGCGCAUCUGGCUCGACUUCCGCCUCGACGGCUGGGCCGACGACGACGGCAUGCGCGCCCAGAUCGAGAGCGACACCAUGCCCACCGCGGUUCGGGUGCUGCGGAAGCUCUUCCAGGUCCGCCGCCCCACGCCAGGGAACCUGCUGCUGCCCUCCGGCUGGGCCUCAAAAACCUGCCUGGACGCCGCCGUUGACCCAGAGUUCGUCUCAGGCUCCGGCCAGGGCCGCCCCGUCGACUUUGUGCUGUAUGUGACCUCCGCCCCCUGCGCCGCGGGCACGGUCGCGUACGCCGGCGCGUGCGCGGUCGGCGGGGAGGACUCGCGGCCGGUGAUGGGCAGCAUUAACCUGUGCCCGGGGGCGUACGACGUGCUGACCCCGCGGCGCCAGAUGGAGGUCAUCGUGCACGAGCUGCUGCACGCGCUGGUGAGCGCACCCGCCGCCCCCGCGCCUGCCCCGCACCACGGGCGGCGGCUGCGCUGA